AUGACAAUCCAAGUGGUGACCGCUGACGUGCUGAGGGACGCCCGCAUCCUCAUCCUGCACAUGGGCCGCGACUUCUCCUUCGACGACUGCGGCCGCGCCUUCACCUGCCUGCCCGCGGAGGAGCCCGGCGCCCCGGCCGAGGCGCUGGUCUGCAACCUGGACAGCCUGCUGGGGACCAUGACACACCGGCUCUGUGUGGGCUCCCCGCCCGGCGUCUGGGUCUGCAGCACCGACAUGCUCCUCACCGUGCCCUCUGCACCAGGGAUCAGCUGGGAUGGCUUCCAGGGCGUCAGAGUGAUCGCGGUGCCCGGGAGCCCGGUGUAUGCCAGGAACCACGGGGUCUACCUCACCGAUGAGCAGGGGCUGGUGCGUGACAUCAUCUACAAAGGCACAGAGGCCCAGAUCCAGCAGUGUGCAGGGCCUGAUGGCACCGUCCCACUGGUCUGUGGGAUUGUUUUCUUCUCCUCGGAUGCUGCUGAGCAGCUUCUGGCCACCCACGUCAUCCCUCCUCUGGAUGCCUGUACCUACAUGGGGCUGGACUCAGGGGCACCUCCCAUCCAGCUCUCCCUCUUUUUUGACAUCGUGCUGAGCAUGGCAGGGGGGAUGACAGAGGAGGAUUUUGUGAAGGGUGGCAGCGAUGCCAGCGUGAGGAGUGCCCGCUCCGUGCUGUGGACAGCUCUCCGUGGCUUCCCUCUUAGCAUGGCCUGCAUCCCUGAUGCAUCCUACGACUACAUGACCACCUCUGCAAGUGACCACAUCCGCAGCCUGACUCUCCUGCCUGGCUCUGCCAGUCACCUCCGCUUCUGCAAGACAGCCCAUUCCCACGUGGACCAGCCCUGUCUCCUGGAGGAUGGCUCUUCAGUCACCAACUGCCUGCUGGAAGGAGCUGUAGGGCUGGCAGCUGGCAGUGUCAUCCAGCACUGUCACCUCCAGUGGGCUCAGCACCCCUCUCAUCCCAGGCCGGCUCUGCUGGUGAGAGCGGCUCGGCAUUACGAGGGGGCCGAGCAAAUCCUGGUCCGGCAGGCGGUGAUGUCCUCGUGCCAGUUUGUCACCGUGGGGCAGUCAGAGCUGCCACCCUUGGGGCACUGGGUGCAGGUGGCUUGUCCGGCCCGCCUGGACCUCUCCGGUGGCUGGAGUGACACCCCCCCCAUCACCUACGAGCACGGGGGGGCCGUGGUGGACGUGGCGGUGCUGGUGGACGGGUGCCGGCCCAUCGGUGCCCGGGUGCGCCGCAUCCCCGCACCGGAGCUGCGCCUCGUCAGCCUCAGCGGGGCCCCACCGAGCCAGGCAGUGAUGGAGCUGGUGUGCCAGGAGCUGGAGCACCUACAGGAUUACUGCCAGCCACAUGCACCAGGAGCCUUGCUCAAAGCUGCCUUCAUCUGCACCCAGGUCGUGCAGUUCCCCUCACAGAAACCCUUGCGGGUCCAGCUGAUGGAGAGUUUUGGGAGUGGCUUCGAAGUGCACACCUGGUCCAAGCUGCCCCACGGGUCUGGCCUGGGCACCAGCAGCAUCCUGGCAGGAGCGGUGAUGGCAUCGCUGUACCGGGCGGCUGGGAAGGCUGCCAGCACCGAGUCCCUCAUCCACGCCGUGCUGCACCUGGAGCAGAGGCUCACGACAGGUGGUGGUUGGCAGGACCAGGUUGGUGGGCUCGUCCCUGGCAUCAAAAUCGGAAGGUCGAAGGCCCAGUUGCCCCUCAGGGUGGAAGUGGAGCCGAUCCCGGUGCCUGACGGUUUUACCCAGACCCUCAGUGAUCACUUGCUGCUGGUGUACACGGGGAAGACUCGCCUGGCCCGCAACCUGCUCCAGGAUGUGGUGAGGAACUGGUAUGCCAGGCUGCCCUCCAUUGUGCAAAACACUGAUGCGCUGGUGAGCAACGCUGAGGAGUGUGCCCAGGCCUUGAGGCAAGGUGACCUGCCGCUCAUUGGCGAGUGUCUGGACCGCUACUGGCAGCAGAAGAAGGUCAUGGCCCCUGGGUGUGAGCCGCUGGCCGUGGGGCACAUGAUGGACGCUCUCCGGCCCCACGUCCACGGGCAGUGCUUGGCCGGGGCCGGCGGCGGUGGCUUCCUUUACGUCCUAACCAAAGCCCCGCAGCAAAGAGAGGCUUUGCAGCAGAUCCUCACUGGCACCGAGGGGCUGGGCAACUUCAGCAUCCACAGCAUCGAGGUGGACACGGGCGGUUUCUCCGUGGAGGUUGUGGGAUGUGAUACGAAGGAUGGUGCUCGCCCUGGAGAGGACAGGGCUGUGUGAAGGCCUUCAGCCCUGGCCAGUUCCUGGCAGAUACACAGGAAAUCCUCACUGCUUUAAGGGCAGCUCCAGCAGGUGCCUUAGGUCUUGAUAUGGCCUUUUUGUGCUGCUGCUUGCCCCAAAAGCCACAGAGGCUGGAAAAGUUGUGAUGAGCUGGGCAGGCACAAUUCUCCCUGGAGGAUGGCCUUGCUGGAAGGACAGUUUGCAAGGGCCUCCAGCCUGAUUUUGCAGUUUCACUCCAGUUUUUACAGUUCUCCAAAGGGAAAAGACUAGCAUUUGUGAUGCUGCCUCUGGCAGGAACCUUCCUGCUCUUCCAGCAGCAGGGACCCACACUGCCUGUUCAGCACACAAUGCUCCUGCACCAAGGAUGCACCUGGAUGUGGAAUCAAGACCCUCUCCUGUCCUGAGGGACUAUUUCAGUGUUGAUAUAGUGAAUAAUGAAAGCAAGCUACUAAUUCCUGCAGUCAGUCUGAAUAAAAGAGCU